AUGGCCGACGACGAGACCAGACGCGAAACCUCCAGACUGUGGCGUGUCUGGAAGACGACCAAGCAGCUGUGCUACGACAGAGGCUACGAACUGGCUGAAGAUGAACUCGACGUCUCCCUCGAUCAGUUCCGCGACCAGUGCGGCGACGGCAGCGGCGCUGUCAACAAAUCCAAAAUGAACUUCCAAGCCCGCCCCUCGGAAGCAAUGCUCACAAAAUACACCGCCCUACCCACAAAAUCCGAUCCCAACCCCGAGCCCAAAAUCGGCACUAUCUACGUCGAAUUCAGCACCGAAACCGCAAUCGGCAUCAAGCACCUGCGCAACUACGCCCAAUUCCUCAACGACCGCAAUUUUUACUCUGGCAUCUACAUCACUUCCGCUUCAGUCACCACUUCAGCGCUCAAGCAAGCCGCAAACUUGCCAAUCACCAUCGAGGUUUUCCAAGAGACGGAUCUGUUGGUCAAUAUCACAAAGCAUGAGUUGGUGCCCAAGCACAUCUUGCUGAGUCCCGAGGAGAAGAAGGCUUUGCUGGAUAGGUAUCGGUUGAAGGAGACGCAGUUGCCUAGAAUCAGGGUCGAGGAUCCCGUGGCAAAGUACUUGGGUCUGCGCAGAGGUCAGGUCGUCAAGAUCAUCCGAAAGUCCGAGACUGCUGGUCGUUAUGCCAGUUACCGCUGGUGUAUAUGA